CUGCUGUUGCUGCUUGGUCCCGGAUAACGUGACAAAUGCGACAUGGUUCAUGCUUGCUCGAUUGAUUGAUUGCAAUAGACAAAAACUCUUCUUGUCUCUUCACCUCGCCACCGGGGCCGCCAUACAAUUACCUCCAUAAAUCUUGGAUAGAAUGUUAGGAGUAACUAACUCUGCACUGUGCCAUUGCUGUGUGUCAGUGUGUGUAUAUAUAUCCAGCUGCCAGCUGCAGAGUGAAGCAUAAACAUCAGUAGACGACGGCGAUGGCGCCCAAGCGACUUGUCUGCUUCUUGGCCGUGGCCGCCGCGCUAGCCACCACCUGCCACGGGUGGGGCGCCGGCGCCGGCGAUGUCGUGUCGUCGUCGGCGGCGGCGCUCUCGUUCGUGGACAGGCUGAGGCAGAUGAUGAUCCCGGCGGCCGUGGGCGACGGCGACUACUGCGACAGCUGGCGCGUCGGCGUGGAGGCGAACAACGUGCGGGGGUGGACGGCGGCGCCGCGCAAGUGCGACAACUACGUCGAGAACUACAUGCGCGGCCACCACUACCGCCGCGACAGCAAGGUCGUCGUCGACGAGGCCGCCGCCUACGCCGAGGCCGCCGUCCUCUCCGGCGACCCCGCCGCCGACGCCAACGCCACCUGGGUGUUCGACGUCGACGAGACCGCCCUCUCCCACGUCAAGUUCUACAAGAAGCACGGCUUCGGGUACCACAGAACCGACGAGCCGGCGUUCAUGGAGUGGCUGAUCGCCGGCAGAGCGUCGGCGUUGCCGAACACGGUGACGCUGUACAAGAAGCUGCUCCUCCUCGGCGUCAAGAUCGUCUUCCUGUCGGACAGGCCGGACACGCCGGAGCUGAGGAACGCCACCGCCACCAAUCUCAUCAAGGAAGGCUUCGACUGCUGGGACGAGCUCAUAUUAAGGUCGGAGAACUCGACGGCGACGGGAUCGGUGGUGGAGUACAAGUCGGGGGAGAGGAAGAAGCUGGAGGAGGAGAAGGGGAUGGUGAUCAUCGGCAACAUCGGCGACCAGUGGAGCGACCUGCUGGGCUCGCCGGAGGGCCGCCGGACCUUCAAGCUGCCCAACCCUGCCUACUACAUCGACAACUACAAGCGCGCCGGCGCCGCCGUCCGCGCCGCCGUAGCCAUUACAGCCUCCUCCUCGUCGUCGUCGUCGUGAAGCAAACGAUGCCUAGCUAGCUAUAGUACUCAACUUUGAAUUGCAUUUUUUUUUCAGACACAUAAGUUCAGUUAAUAAUCGGUCGUGUACGUACCUGCCGUGCUGUGCACUGUUGUAUCUUUUUGGUGAGACGAUUGAAAUAUCUUUGGGUUUAUCUUUUAUAAUUGGUUUUACCGUGAAUUAAUUAGGCUUGCUGCU